AUGGAGUUCUCGUCGUCUGGCGAUGAUGAAGAAGAAGAACUGCAACCACAACACAAUCUGGACGAAGAAGAGGUUGCGAUGGACAUCGAGGGCGCGAGGAGCUGCGGCCAGACGACGGUGGUGCCCUACGCGGACCGGGGCCUCCGGUCACUCCUCAGCUUGGGUGGGCGCGCACCCGGCCCGGCCCGCCUGCUCGCCAUUCCGGCCUUCGAGCAGCGUCGCGGGGCCUUCGGCGCCGGCACUCGGCGGGUGCGGAUCGUGUGCCUGUCCGACACGCACAUGAAGCACGCCUUCCUCACCCCGUUCAUGCCUCAGGGCGAUGACCACAUCCUGCUGCACGCGGGCGACUUCACCAGUCUCGGCCGGGUGGAGCACGCCCUCGAGUUCAACGAGUGGCUCGGCACGCUCCACUACCGCCACAAGUUCAUCAUCAGCGGCAACCACGAGCGAGUGUGCGGUGACGUGCGGAGCCACAGCCGCUACGCGGGCCUGCUGACGAACGGGACCUACGUCACCCAUGGCUGCGUCACCCUCGAGGAGUUUGGCGGGCUCACCAUCUUCCUCUCGUCCUGGGAAAAGAAACACCGGGACAACACCUCCGCCGAGCCGGAGCUCUUCCCGUGGGACCACCCGCGGCUCUUCCCGGGCGAAGAAAAGAACGAAAGCGAAAGCGAAAACGAAAGAGAAAGCGAUGGCGGCGGCCGGCGGGGCGUGGACGUGCUGGUGACGCACCUGCCCCCGCGAGGCGUGCUCGACACAGUGCGGCUGGUGAAGCAUCGCGGCAGCGCUCGGCUUCGCGACCGCGUGGCGCAGAUUCGACCAACCGUGCAUGUGUUCGGCCACGUGCAUCGGGGCGGGGUGGAAGCGAGCAACGGCACCACCUUCAUCAACGCGGCCAACCCAGGCACCAACGGACCCAUCGUCUUCGACUACUACUAUUGA